AUGGCCGGCACGUUGAGACAAGUGCGACGAUUGAAACAAUUACUGCUCAGCCAGAUCCGUUGUGAAAGCACUACUACCUACGAACAAUACGAUAUUUUGCGUAGACUACUCAAUUCAAUUAAUCCAUCACAUCCAAUUUUUGUUGAAGACAAAUUUGAUGAAGUUAUUGGCUACCUGACAGUCAUUCGUGAUAAUAGUGACAUAUGGCGCAAAUUAGCAAAACUGUCUGAAUCUUCUCAGACUAAUAUCAGUAUUAAUCUUAGUUCGAAACCCAGAAAGAACCGUAAGAAAGCUGUUCGUAAACCGUACAGUAAACAAAGUCCAGAUUCAAAUACUCCUUUCCGCUCUUAUGGGAGAGACCUGCCAGCAGAUUUUGGACAGUAUUAUCAAGAGUUUUCUUUGGAAGUGAACAAGGAUCAUAGAAAUACGCACGCUCUGCAAAUGUCAAGUGGCACGCGCACGCGCACAAGUAUAACUGAAGCUGAAGAGCUCUCUAUUCCGGGUACCGCGUCAACAAUUAGCAAUAACUGGGAUUCAUCAACCAUCACCGGAUUUUCAAUUAGCAAAUCGCCAAGAAAUAUGAGCACGCAUACACCAGAUAGAGGGUCGACAACUAGCAGUAACGGUACUAUCACCGGACUUUCAAUCAAUGGGACUUCAUCAAGUAUACUUGCAGAAUACAUGCCAAUUAUUGCGUCAACAAUUAGCAAUUACUGCGAGUCGCGAAGUAUGAGCUUCAGUAACGGGGAGUCAGUACCGUCAAAUAUUCUGUCACCGGACGAUUUGUACUUACGUUUCUUGGAUUCUACGCAACACGGAUGA